GUCCAGAACCAGAACCUUUUCCCUGUUGAACACCAGAGGAAACCGAGUCAGGAAUCAUUCAGCGCUGGUUCAUCUGCAGUCUGUGCACUGGGCUCGCUGAAGACCAGGAGAAUCUGUCCUGGAUCAGAACCGGGUCCAGAUGGAGGAGGAACCUGCAGCGGGUCGGAACAAGAAUCAGAUCUGCUCUGAAUGGACCAGCACAGUCUGAAUGGAGGAAACCCUCAGCCUCCAGGACCAGAAUCGGUUCUACUGAAGUGGGUCCGGUACGGCGGUUUUGAACAUUCCCAGGGCUUCUUCUCCUUACUCAUGUUUAUUCACAGCCUGGCAGUGGCAGCAUCAUGCUGUGGGAGGGUUUGUUUUAUUUAUCUAAGAUAAAACAGAAAUAAAAUAUAGAUUUUUAUGUUAUUACUGAUUUAUCGUUUUAUCAUUUACCUAUCAGUAUGUAUUGACCCAUUAUAAGUAUAAUGUAGCUCCUCCUCCCCAGCAGCUAGUGGCGCUGUCGGACCAUAACCAGUUCCUGGUAAACAGUGGAGCAGCCGCUGUUCGCUUUAGCUGUGCCAACUUCAGGAGGACUCGGUGGCGCUUUGACCCUCUCUAGUGACCUGUCACCUUUCCAGGCAGAUGUUUGACCUUUAACAGCCUGGAGGAAGGCCGCAGCUUUUACUCUGAGCCCAGUUUGAUCUUAACCCGGACAUUAACUCACCGCUACGCAGGUUAGCUAAUUCCAACUGGGUUGUCCCAGAGCGGCUGCAGGAAGUGACGCACACCGGCGCAAUGAGGAUGAAGGUCUGUCAGCAGCUGCUCGGUAGAGCCUUCAGUCACCGCGGAGCCUCAUGUGCCUUCAGGACCGGCUCAGUGACGCUUGACACAGGAAGGUGGCGCUGCGCUCCGUCCGCGCCGCUGUGCAGCUCCUCGGCCCAGGACAGGAAGUCCCACCCCUCCAUGCUCAAACACCUGCGCGCCAAGAUCCGCUCCACCGGGCCCAUCUCCGUGUCCGAGUACAUGAGGGAGGUUCUGACCAACCCGGUCGCCGGUUACUAUGUGAGGAAGAUGAUGCUGGGAGCUGAGGGAGACUUCAUCACGUCUCCAGAGAUCAGCCAGGUGUUUGGAGAGCUGCUGGGCGUCUGGAUGGUCAGUGAGUGGAUGGCGGCUGGUCGGCCCGGUCGGCUGCAGUUGGUAGAACUGGGCCCAGGGAAAGGUUCCCUGAUGGCAGAUGUCCUCAGAGUGUUUGGCCAGCUGCGCUCCGUAGUGGCCGGAGCCUCGGUGUCUGUCCACCUGGUGGAGGUGAGUCCGGUUCUGAGUCGGGUGCAAGCCGAGACUCUGACCGGAACCGGCGGCCAGGAGGCGAGUGGCGAGCCCGACCCGACCGACCCGGCGUACCGGCGCGGGGAGACAGCAGCCGGGGUUCCAGUGUCCUGGUACCGCCACCUGGAAGACGUCCCAGCAGGCUUCAGCAUCUUUGUUGCUCACGAGUUCUUCGACGCUCUGCCGGUCCACAAGUUCCAGCGGACGGAGAAAGGCUGGCGGGAGGUUCUGGUGGAUUUGGACCCGUCCGACCCGGGCCGGCUCCGGUUGGUUCUGUCUCCGGGUCCGACGCUCGCUUCGUCCUCGCUGGUCCAGGCCGGCGAGGGGCGGAGCCACGUGGAGGUGUGUCCGGAGGGCGGAGCCAUCGUCCAGCUGCUGGCCCGGCGGAUCCAGCAGCAGGGCGGGGCGGCGCUGAUCGCCGACUACGGCCACGACGGAACCAAGACCGACACGUUCCGGGGCUUCAAGGGUCACCGGCUGCACGACGUCCUGUCGGACCCUGGCGGCGCCGACCUGACGGCCGACGUGGACUUCAGCUUCCUGCGGCGCAUGGCGGGAGGGGGCGUGGCCUGUCUGGGCCCCGUGAGCCAGAGGGCGUUCCUGAAGAACAUGGGCGGCGACGCCCGCAUGCAGGUUCUGCUGAGGAACUGCAGCGACCCAUCCAGCAGGAAGCAGCUGAUCCGGAGCUACGACCUGCUGACAAGCCCCGCCCACAUGGGCGAGCGCUUCCUGUUCCUGUGUCUGCUGGCGCCAGGCCGCCUCGCCGCCCCGCCCACCGGGCUGAAGCUGGACAGGAAGAGCCCCGCGCCACUUCCUGUGGCCGGCUUCUCCGAGCUCCGCUUCUCCUGACCCGGAUCAGAACCAGGUUUAGAACAGAAGUCAAGCAAACACUGCAACAGACUGAAACCAGUGUUCCCAGUUCAGUUUUAAUGGUUUUGUGCUACAAAAGUAGAAAAGUUCUCAGGUCUUCGUCAGUCAGUGAGGAAGAGGAAGCAGAAAUCAGCUUCGCUCUCCGACCUCGGUUCAGAUUACACAUCAAACUGGAUUUUUAUUUUCAGAUCUGAAGUUAACUGAUGUUUUUUUUUUCCUGCUGCUGAAACAGGAAGUGAAUUCCUGGGAUUAGGAAAGCGUUGCUGGAUUAAUCCAGGAAGUUAAUCAGCAGAGUGGAGCCUGUGAUUAUAGAUUAUUAGAUGAAGCUGUGAAUGGCAUUAGUGGUUCUGAGAAUAAAACUGAAAAUAAAUU